GGGGACCUCCUUCACCGCCGGCCCCUGCAGAACAUCGAUGAUGGCACCUCGGACCGGCCCUACAGCCACGCACUCGUGGCCGGCAUCGACCGCUACCCGCGCAAGGUGACAGCCGCCAUGGGCAAGAAGAAGAUCGCCAAGCGCUCCAAGAUCAAGUCUUUCGUGAAGGUCUACAACUACAACCACCUCAUGCCCACGCGGUACUCCGUUGACAUUCCUCUGGACAAAACAGUUGUCAACAAGGAUGUGUUCAGGGACCCCGCGUUAAAACGCAAAGCGAGGCGUGAAGCUAAGGUGAAGUUUGAGGAAAGAUACAAGACCGGCAAGAACAAGUGGUUCUUCCAGAAGCUCCGAUUCUAAACUUGUACUUAGGCUGCAUCAAUAAAUGUUUACAAAAA